CAUUGCGGGUUUUCCAAAUCUCCAUCUGUAAACUGAAUGACAGGCUCCCAACAAUCAAUCAAUCAGCUCUUAGCUCCGUCGCCACAAACAUGACGACUGAAUAUCGACAAUUUAAAGAUGAUUCCUCCGAAAGACAGCGGUUGAUUCCCGAGGUAAAGCAGACUCUACAGUGUGCUACGGACUAUGCUUAUAAUAUGGUACACUCUGAUGGACAUUGGUGUGGGGAGAUGAGGUCAAAUGCCACCAUAACGGCCGAAUAUAUCUUUCUCCGACAGGCUCUGGGACUGGACUUGAAAGCUGAUGGUGCUGCCUAUUGUUGCCACAUACUAUCACAGCAAAACAGCGACGGCUCAUGGGGUCUAGCACCCGAGCAUCCAGGUGAUGUAUCGACAACGACCGAAGCGUAUCUCGCACUGAAAAUGUUAGGGGUGAGUGUAGACGCUCCAGCCAUGCAACAAGCAAAAGCAUUCGUACUCAAUGCGGGAGGUGUUGCCAGGGUUCGUGUGUUCACUCGCAUUUUCCUGGCAACCUUCGGCUUGUUUCCAUGGAAGGCAGUACCUCAGCUGCCCGUGGAGCUGAUUCUGCUCCCUUCCAUAUGUCCAAUCAACAUCUACAGGUUCGCAUCUUGGGCCCGCGGCACCAUUGCCCCUCUCUUGAUAAUUUGCCAUCAUCGGCCGGUAUAUGCCCUCCCGAAUGGAAUACGGCCGGAGAACGACUAUCUAGACGAGUUAUGGCAAAAUCCCUCGAGCAAAAACGUGCCCUACGGUCCAUCUCUCUGGGAGCUGCUGUCCCAGGGCGACAUCACGGGGUUGACAUUCAGCAUCCUGGACAAACUGCUUUAUCAGCUAAACGGACUUCGCUCAAUUCCUCUACUAAGGCCAUACGCACGGCAACAAUGCAUGAAAUGGAUUCUGGAGCGCCAAGAGCCCACCGGCGACUGGGCCGGAAUCUUCCCGCCUAUGCAUGCCAGUGUGUAUGCGUUCGUGCUGGAAGGGUACAAACUAGAUGAUCCCCCUGUCAGCCUUGGCAUCCAAGCGAUAGAAAACUUUGCUUGGGAGGAUGCAAAAGGUAAAAGGGUUCAACCUUGCGUUUCACCCGUAUGGGACACGACUCUGAUGUCAAUUGCGCUCUGCGAUGCCGCGUCCCCAAAUCAGUGGAUCAUCGAUCGCGCUAUUAAAUGGAUCCGUGACCGCCAGUUACUCGAACUCCGCGGUGAUUGGCGUGUAUAUCGGCCUCGACUCGCGCCUGGGGGGUUCAGCUUCGAGUACACGAACAGCCACUAUCCCGAUAUAGACGACUCAGCCGCGAUCAUCCUUGCGCAGGUGAAGCAUGACGCGAGAUCGGUUAAUUCCAGCUCCGUGAUCGCAGCAGUAACAUGGAUUCUGGGCAUGCAGAAUCCUGACGGGGGGUGGGCUGCGUUUGACGUGGAGAAUGAUAAGUUGUUCCUUAACAAGAUCCCGUUCAGUGACAUGGAUAGUUUAUGUGACACGUCCUGCGCUGACAUCACCGGGCGGAUCCUGGAAGCUUUCGGACUCAUGAUUGUCCGGGCCCCUGAAAAGGAUAACGCGAGCGAAUUUGCCCAACUUCUCCCUGCAAUACGUGCAGCCUGCAGGCGCGGUAUCCAAUACCUUGCGUCUACACGUGAGCCCAAUGGAGCCUGGUUCGGGCGAUGGGGGUGCAACUACAUCUAUGGAACUAGUCAUGCACUGUGUGGUCUGGCGUACUUUUCCAAAGACGAUAAACAAAUUUUCGACAUGGCACAGCCGGCUUUGCAUUGGCUGAAGUCGCAGCAAAAUGGGGACGGCGGGUGGGGUGAAUCCUUGCUGUCAUACCAAACAAUGGAUUUCCUCUCUAUCUUUGGCCGUACACGGCCAGCAACUAUACCCACCGACCGAGUUGUCCCUCUACGAUACUGGGAUGAUUUGCACUAUCUACGUAGCCUUUCCCAUGACUUUACCUUCCGCUUUGACGACGUUCUUGAUACGUCAAAACUCGAGGCAGCACUCGACCGGCUAAUGGAAAUCGGCGACUGGGGUCAACUGGGGGCUCGGCUGCGACUGAAUGAUAGUGGAAAGCUCGAGUAUCACAUACCCGCCGAGUAUGAUAAGAGCACCCGUCCCGCAUUUGGCUUUACCACCUCCGAGUAUGCCAUAAGUAUCAAUGAACACCCGUUGGGUGCCCGGCUGCCGAAAACCGGCCAGGACCAGUCUGUGUUGUCGCCAUCCUGCGCGGAAUUUGCUCCAUUGGUCCGCCAUUCGGAUAGCCCCCGAGAGUUGGCCGACUGGAUCUAUUCCGACCGUCCGCAGCUGCAUGUCCAUGUUACUGUCUUCCAAGAUGCAACUCUUCUGACAGUCAGCUACCUUCACACCUUGUUUGACGCAGUCGCUCGAACCAACUUCUUCAAGGCAUGGAUAGCUGUUCUCAAAGGCCGGGAGGAAGAGGUGCCACCUUUUAUUCCUUUUGACCAGGACCCCUUGGGCGAUUUGGGCAAGGAUUUCCCUCGGGAAAGCUAUACCCACUUCGGGCGGCUCGUUGCCGGAUUGAGCCUCGUGCUCUUCGGACUCAGGUAUCUAUUCGAGCUGUUCUGGUUUCGCAAGGAGGAAGAACAUCCUAUCCGGGUUCCGGGACAUUGCGUGGAACGGAUGAGGGAAACUGCACAACAGGAACUGGCUGCUGCUACUGAGAAGGGAGCGGAAGUCCCCUUCCUGAGCGAGCCUGAUGUUGUCUCUGCAUGGUGGGUGAAGACCAUGGUCACAGCCCUAAACCCUGCGCCCGGCCGAACAGUCAUGGUGAUGAGUCCCUUCAAUGUGUGGGGUUUGUUUAAGGAGUCGUUCCCUGCCGGCGCUAAGGGUUUCAUCGGCAAUGCAUUCUUCAAUUCCUACACGGUACACAAGACGAGCGAGGUCCUCGAGCAUAACAACUUGGCACACUUGGCGUGCAAGAACCGCCAGGCUCUCGUGGAACACAGAACGAAGGAACAAGUCCAAGCGAUGACCGCCAUUCAACGAGAAUCAAUUAUGCAAAUUCCACCUCUCGUCGGGGACUCGAAUCUGCUUUUCAUGACACACACUAAUCAGCACAAAGCCAGAUACUUUGAGACUGACUUCUCGGCGGCUGUUAUUGCCCCCGGUAUGCCUCUUAGCGAAAGACCUCAUGCAUUGGGCAGACCGUCUUAUAUCAACGAUAUUGAACAUUGUCGUCUGUACCCGACUCGUAACGUCUGUAGGGUGAUUGGCAAGGAUGCUGCAGGCGACUGGUGGCUUUUGUUUAAGACUCGAUCUGAGGCAUGGCCUUCGAUCCACAAGCAGUUGACGACUUUGCUUGGCAUCGACGAGGCCCAGGCAAAGGACGUUUCCAAUGGAGCGGACAAGCCAGCCGUUGCGUACAACGAAACCUCUUCGUCCAAGACAUACUCUGACGCCAUGGGAAUACUUCUGCAAUUUCGUCUUCUUUGGAAGCUUCUCGUUUAA